AUGGUGGUUGACACCAUGGUCUGCUCCUGGAUUCUAAACACGAUUUCAAAAGAAAUUAGGGCAAAUUUUGAAGGAACUGUAACUACACAAGACCUGUGGCAAGAAGUUAAAACACGCUAUGAAGGAAAUAAUGGACCGACGCAAUAUGGCUUAGCUCGUGACAUUUCUACCAUACAACAAGGUAAUCUUUCUGUUGAGGAAUAUUACUCUAAAAUUAGGCUAUAUUGGGAGGAAAUAGCUGGAAUAAGUCCACUUAUAAAAUGUGAAUGUGAUGGAAGUGAUGUGUUGAGCUAUUAUGGUUGUCGAGCAAUUAGGAAAUUUAUCUGCAUCGAUGAGAAUGCAAAAUUACUUCAGUUUUUGCUUGGACAGAAUGAGACUUAUGAAAACGUUAAGGAUCAGAUCCUUAACACUGAUAAUUUCCCAACAGUGCAUAAGGCAUUCACUAUAGUUUUGAAUAUUGAGAAAAAGAGAGCGUUGAACCUUCUCUAUCAAAAUUCACAUUCUGCUAUGAAUACCGAACUAAAAAAAUCUGCUAAAAAAGAAUUUAGUGUUAACUAUUCUAAGUAG